UCCGUGAACGCGGCGGAGGUCCAUCAAGAGGAAUGUCAGCCUCGGGAAGGAACCCAGCCUGUGAUUGGCCGCAGCGAGCCACGUGACCAUUUCCCAAGCGGAGUUUCCACGACAGCUGGAAGCCGAGCGGCACAGGCGCAUCGCUUCUCUGCUAAAAUUAUUGGAAAUAACCAGACUUCUGCCCAACGCAGCGCCUCCACGUAAACCCUGGUCUGGCAUGGGCGACAAGAGGAGUCCCACAAGGCCGAAGCGUCAACCGAAGCCCUCCGACGAGGGGUUUUGGGACUGCAGCGUGUGCACGUACAAGAACACGGCAGAGGCUUUUAAGUGCAUGAUGUGUGAUGUCAGGAAGGGGACAUCAACAAGGAAACCUCGUCCCGUCUCCCAGCUCGUCUCGCAGCAGCAGGUAACGCAGCAGUUCGUGUUGCCCUCGCAGCCCAAGAAGGAGAAGAAAGAGAGGGUAGAGAGGGAGAAGAGCGACAGAGAUCCGACGCUCAAGAAGAACGGUCACAAGAAGAUGAGGCCGAGGUUAAAAAACAUCGACCGGAGCAGCGCCCAGCACCUGGAGGUGACCGUCGGGGACCUGACCGUGGUCAUCACAGACUUUAAGGAGAAGGCCAAGCCCUCGGCCGCCUCGGCCACGUCCUCCAGCACCGUGUCGUCGGCGGACCUCCACAGCCAGAACGGCUCCAGCUCAGAGAACACAGAGAAGGGGCUGUCCCGCUCCUCCUCACCCAGAGGAGAGGGCAGCUCGGUCAACGGAGAGUCCCACUGAGUCCCGAGGGCCCAAACCCGCCAUGCCCCCCCACACAACACCUCAUCUGCAUCUUUCCACGCUGGGACACCGACACAUCAGAUCUGGCUCCAUUUUGUUCAAGCAUCUACACUGUAGCGUGCGAGAAGCAUCUCAGAUUUCUACCUUGUAUGCUUUGCUUCAGACGCACCUACACAAUCUAUAGUUUUAUUAAACGGCCCCUAUUAUGCAAAAUCUCCUUAUUAGACAUUCUCGUGCACUUCCUGCUUUUUUCACAUUUUGCCAAUUCGUCUAAUCCGGUGUCACAGCGGUCUGCCGUCACACAGCCCCACCCCGGGUUUGCUCCAAACACCGCCCAGGACAAACUUCAAACUCAAACUGGACUUCCACCUUUGCCGCUCAUUCCGACUGCAAUUUUGUUGACAAUGAUGUUCCGACCCACAGUGAAGCAGUUUCUCCUCACUUUCGGAGCAAGACAGGACGGCUGUGCUAAACUCUUGUUAUGAACGGACGGGUGCUGAUGACACAUGAAGGGCUUUGCAUGUCUGGGGACACCACUUCACUCUGACUGCUUGGAGAAUGAGGGAUGCAAACGGUGGCUUUGUUGAAGUAGGAGCCGGGGUCCAAACGCUACAAAACAACAGGCACAUCCCAGUUAACGAGGAGUAUGGCAUACGUUGGCGUUACCAUGACGACAGGAAGGAAGCCGUGACCUGACCUCCCCUACGUCGCACAAGGAGGCGCAGGGGUCACGUCUCGUUUGCAUCCUGAGCACAUCACACCCCGAACGCAGGAGACUUGGAAGUGCACGUUUACAGACAGGAGAUGUACAGACACCUCACGGAGGCAUCCGGGAAAAAAAGCAUAAUAGGGGAUCUUUCACACAAUUCUGCAACCUCAUCCUCAACACCAUCAGUGGCAGGCCGAGUGACUUAUUCUUCCCUCGUGGAAUUAUUAGCCUCUGUGCCGACCCAUUAUAAACCUGAACCAUCUGCUGCAUCAUUUCUCAGUGUCUCCGUACUGAGCCACCAGCCUGACAGUGAACCAUUUACCAGAUUAAUUGUGGACUGCCUCUGUGGCAGAGUGGAGAGAAGCCUUUGACACUGGGCAGCAGAUGUAGGGUUUCUGGCAGCAUUCACCGUUUACUGUAACGCUUGGACCAGGUAAUGCUCGCGCCCAUGCAAAGGCUUUGGCGGAGGCCCAUUUUUAAACGGUGCAGGACGGUAGCACACAUAUAGAAGGAGAACACUGGUGCUUGUUUUUAGUUUGUGGCUCAUGUCUGUUUCAUUUUGUGCAUUAUACAAUGUUGGCCAUGAGGUUUGAAUAAGGCUUCAUUGUUCAUAGAAUAGAAGUGUUUAUGCUAUCUGAAGCUUUAUUCAGGUGUAUGAAUAGAAAUUUAAAGAGUAAUGAUUAACUUCCUAACUUUGCUGUCAUUUGAAAGCACUAAUUAGGGCUAAUUCAAAAUUGUAAAAAACAAUGUGUGCGACCUAGAUGGAAUAAAUUGCCAAAUUGGGUUAAUAUAUGACACAUAAUCUUAACCAAUACAAGCUAAUCAGCUUCUAGUUUGUGAAGUAUAUGCUCUUGUUGCCAAAGCAAAUCAUGUGUGGCAGACGUAUUGCCAAGGAAACAUAUAUAUAUAGUUGCCAUAUAUAUAUAUAUAUAUAUAUAUAUAUAUAUAUAUAUAUAUGGCAACUGACUAUGGCAACUGUAUUGUGUCAUAACCUUCCAAGUGCACGUCAUCCACAUGUUUUAGUUCAGUCGGAGGUGAGAUUGACACCAGUGUUCUCCUUUUAAUCUGUGCUGCACAAACUGCGACUGUGGCCCAGUGAGAGGCCGCACGGCGUUGGAACUGUUCUGCACCCACAACGGACCCACUUUGGAUGCUACAUGGUGCUUACCCAGUGGAGAAAGGGUUUUGACUUUUGGGCACACGAUGAAGACGAACUGGAGAAUCACUGGGAUGUGAUAAGACUUCAGGAACUGAAUUCCUUCAUUUUGUUGUAGAAAAGUUGAUGAACAUUAGAAAAUACUUUACUCCCAGCAGAACUAAAGAUCACUUUAACUACACAAUAACUUAAGAAACCUGUAGAAUAUCUACACAGAUACAAUGGAUAUUUCUGAAAUAUUGUACUACUAUGUUUUGAUGUGGUCGUAUUAUCCAUUAUACCAUUGUUACUGUCAAGAUUUUUACUUACAAUUUAGCACAUGUACUGAGAAUUGUCAUGGCAUGAUUAUAUUCUGAUCUCAGUACACUGUGAAGAGGCUGUCUUAGUUUGUUAGUAUGGUUUAUUGUGUCUCAUGGGUUCACCACACUAGCUGGGACUAGGCCUGUGGACUUGUGGGAACUGCGCACACACACACACGCACACGCGCACACACACACACACACACACACACACACACACACACACACACACACAUUCGUUAUUUGGUUGGAAGACACAGUCAUUUUUUUGUUUUAUUGCUUUGUCAUGCUUGGUUGUUUAAAAAUGUGUGAAGUUGUUUAAUACAUGUCUGGUUAAGAAAAUAACGGGGAAAAUCAUUCCUUUAGCAUACGAUCUUAAUGUCUGGCUGUUUGGUUUCACACGCUGUUUAUUUUAUUAGGCUGAACAUCAAUGACUCAGUAACCGUGGCUCAUCCAAACAACGCAUGCUGGAUCGGUUUACUUCAUCAAUUAGUUACAUUAGAACUCCUCCAAACAUAAGGACACACGCAUUGGAUCAAAAAUUAAAAUAAAUACACCAGUCAGUUAUUUUCCACACUUCAUGAAAAUGCUAUUGACUUGCGGGUCUGUUUGUCUAAUGCAGCCACCUCAAUAAAGACGACUAGUCACUUAAA